AUGGUUUCUACUACGACUACAUCAACAACCUCUUCACAGACAACACGAGAAAGGGUUUUGGCUUGUAUGCGUGAUUUUACGUCUUAUCAAGCAACGCGAGUAGCGCUAUAUAAAGAGUUUGAAGAGUUGC